AUAACAGGUGAUAUGUUGCAGUACGAUGAACAUUGGUUUAGACUUUGAUAAUGCAUGUUAAUGAGGUAGAAUUGUCUAUUAGAUUAUUGGCAAAGAUGAAAAUGUUACAUCGUAUACUACAGUAUUUAAUUUUUAUGAUGUUCCACUACCUCAAACGUUGUUAGUAAAAUUUUUAGAAUUGGGGAACCAACAUUGUAGGCCUAUAUGCAAGACUUAAUAACUAAUAAAUUAGAAAAUGAGUUUACUGAUCGCCAAAUGCUGCUGCCAUGGUAUGGAUAUUGUAGCAGCGGUAAGUUAUUGCAAGGAGCCUCAAUGAAUGGCAUAUUUAUUGGAUUAAUGUUUGACGCUUUGUACUCAUUGCCAAUCUAUCAAAGAAUAGGCUUCUGUCCUUGAAAUUUUUGUGAUGUAAAUCAAUGUACUUAACUAUGCUUAUGUGUUUUCUCAAGAUCUGAUUUAUAUCUUAUGUAAUAUAUGGAAUCGAGUUAAGUUGGUUUCUGACACCAAUUUGUGCUUAUUUAGCUUUUUAGUUUGAUUUGCAGUGAUAUAAUUCUUCAAUAAUCAUCACAAAAUCCAUUUGUCCUUGGACAUGGUACUUUGCUGCAUGCAUUAAACUCAUUGACCAUAAUUGAUAGUGAUCUUUAUCAUGUGACUUAAUUCUAAAACUCCAAUAUGCAUCGUUUUUCAAUAGAUAGUGGCACCGUAAAUCAUUCUCAAUUUCUUCAUAGGCUUAUAUUCCUUAUCUUCAGCUAUUCCCAUUUAUUUAUGGAUAUUCUACCUUAUUAUGUGCAUAGCAUGUUUACAAAGUAUGCAGAUAACAUUUAUGAGAUACAACUUGCUCAGCAGCAUCCUUUUGUCUAGUGCCCGAAUCCUGAUUUUAACAGAGAGGACCAAAGAUGGAGGAUGGUACAGAGAGGACUUGUUGAAGCAAUCUUGGAUCUGCUUAUUACAAAUGGAAAGGUGUUUUUACAGUCUGAUAUCGAGACUGUUACAACGAGAAUGAAACAUCUGUUCAUUACUUAUGGAAAGGGUAAACUAGUAGUGGAUGGGGAUGACAGGGAUUGGAUGGAGGAGAAUCCUUUUGGUGUUCAGACUGACUGGGAGCAGCAUGUGAUUGAACGUGGAGCUCCUAUGUAUAGAAUUAUUCUCAAAAAGUUUGAUCGCUUGCAAAGGUGGAGUAUCCUUGAAAUCAUGGCAGCUACUUGCUAUCAAUUAAAACUUUGGGUAGUCUUUAAAUACGAGACUAUCUUUACCUGCAAUUUUUGUAUUUUGCCUACCAAGAUGGCUUCCACAUUAUGACAUCAUGGUCUGACUCUUUUACUCAAGUUUGUGUUACCAUAAACUAGGACAAAAUAUGAUCUUAAUUAUAUGGAAUAAGCUGCAUUUGUCAUAUCUUUUUGACU